AUUGACAUUGUGUACAUAUUUGAUUACAAUUGUGUUAAUGUGUUGUAUUGUUGUUAUUUUUGAUUGUCAAGUGUAAAGAAGCUUUACAAACUAUGUUUGAGAAAGCAUUUCAUUAAAUUAAAUGAAAAGUGCCGUGAAAUAACAGUAUAACGAUGGCUCAAUCCGAAGAUACAGAACUACGUGACUUGGUGGUCGAAGCGUUGGAGAAGAACGGAUCACUUGCCAAAAUACGCGCUUUACUGAGAGCAAACAUUUUCUUAGUUUUUGAGGAUGACUGCGAAAAUAUCAAACAAAACGUUAGUUUAGACAGUAUAUUGAAGUUACCUGAAGGUAUAUUCUGUCUUUCCUUAAUUCAUGAAUUUCUUGAGUAUUGUAAUCUCAAAAACACGUUGUUUGUUUAUAUGUCAGAAUCGCGUCAAGGAAAAGAGUAUUCUUACGAGGGAACUAAAUUGUUGCUUGAGAAAUUGAAACUAAAACGUAACAACAAUAAAGAACCUGUUUUAGUUACUCUUAUAAAAAAUGUUUUCCAACAGCAGCCAAAAACUUUUGGACAUAAUGAGAGACACGUUAAAAGAAGUGACAACACUUUUAAAGAUGAGCAAAAUAACACGUAUAUAGUUCAUGAAGACUCUACUACGAGUUUGAGUAAUUCUAACUCGGAUAAUUCUUCUGAUGAAAAAAAUAAGCUGCAUCUUCGUUUACAGCUCGAUAAUUCAGACACGGAUACUUCAAGUGACUCCACACGGGGAAAAACAAGUUCAGAGUAUAUACCAAGUGAGCAUAUAGUUACAAAUCAAAGUCCGCACAACACUACAUAUCCAAAUAUACCUGAUAAUAACUCUAACUUAAAAAAUACUACCAUAAGUAUACAAAGUCCUGAAACAAAUAAAAAUAUAAGUAAUAGUGAAUCAACAUCAUAUGUGGAAAUCAAAUCUCUAAGUCCAUUAGACAAAAUUCUAUUCAACACAACAGGAGUGCCUUUCACCGAAGAGAAGACAGAUGUACAUACUGGAAAACAUUCAACACAAAAACAAUUAGAUACACAAACACCUUCAACAAAAACAACAAAUGUUAGUAAUUAUAACAACAAUAAAAAUGAAUCAACAAAAUCAGAGAGUUCAGGAAAAGAUUUAACAGAAUAUAGUUUAGAUUUUACAUCUGCUUCUGGUAAAAAAGAAAAUGUAAGUAAAGAUAAAUCAACCGAUUCAAUACAUGAUCAAUCACUUGAUUUCAGUCCAAAAAUACAAGACAACUUUGAUCAGAAGUCUAUAACAACACCAGAUUCUAUUUCAACAUCAGAUGUAGCAGAUAUUCUUAGUGACAAAAGUAAUUCUUCCCAACAAAAAAACAAUGAUAAAAAUUCAACAUAUAGUAAUAAAUCUAAAUCAAUAUCGAAUUAUUCAAAGAAAAGUUUUCAUGAUAGUAUUAAAUUACUUGAUGAUGAUUUUGGUGACUUUUCCGAAUCCCCGAUUCCAUCCCUGUCUAAUCUUAGUUUGGACAUUCAUAGUGAUUAGAUAGUGAUUGUUUAAAGUAUUAUUGAUUUACAGCCUUACAAAGAAAUACAGUAUAAAGUUAAACUUAGGAAUAAACUGAGUAU